AGCGUUUGUGCUGGUGGCAUCUCAUCACCGAUAGGCCCUCAAAGAGAAUUCUGUCAGGGCCGUCGCCGUAGCCGAACUUCGCUGUGAUUUCUAGGUAUACAGAGUUCAACGAAGCUCUGUUCCACACCUGUUAGCCCGUCGUUCUCAAGGUGAAAUCAGUGUCUGAGUAUGGCUCGUCGGUGGUUACGUUGUCUUACACCAGUGUUUCAAACUGGUCUCACCCUACCAGCAGCAGACCUCAUCUCGUCAUAUAUGACUAUGAUACAAAAGCCACGAAAUAGGAAGAAGAGACGGUCCUUCAAGCUUCAAUCGUGAUCUUCGUCGUAUAAAAUCAAAGUUGUCACGUCCCCUAAAAGCGUCGAAUGUCUGCAAGCAUAGUGACUCCUCUCCGGAGGGACGUGAGCCCAGACGAACCAAGAUCCACCCAGCCAACGGCAGUAGAGGCUAUGAAAAUCCUCCGCGCCCUACUUGCUGCAAACAACGAAGAAGUGCCCGACCUUUUUCAGCACAGCACUUUCUCCAUAUUUCAUGAUUUGCUGGAGGUGACUGAUCCUUCCAUCACCGCUAAUAGUCGUGAAGACGUCGAUGAAUUGCUGUCGACAUUCUAUGGACUAGAUUGGGAGGAUGUUUGCGAUUACUUGGGACUUGACAGCGACGAAGAUGACGAGCAAUUUCGGAAGGAAAGCCUCACCUGCCUCAACCUUCCAGAGUCGGUUCAGAAAGACAUGCGCGAUACGAUUCGGCUAAGUGUGCUGACGGAUGUCCGUCGUCACACCUUUCACCAUGUUAUGCCGGUGGUUACAAAGAGCCUUCAGUCGUUUGGGGGACUUUUGUACACUUACAUCAGCGACAAGUUUUGUCUCGACGGAACUACCAAGGGAGGUUUCAUAGAUGUCAUGAUUAGACACCAACACAAAACGAUCCUCAUCUUCAUCAUAAUGAAACAAAGUUUCUUUUCAGAUCACCCUUCUUUGAAACUUCUUGCACAAGUUGUUGCGGAGAUGAGCGGGGUUUUUGCGCUGAACAAGAAAUUAUCGGGUUUCUCGUUCCCAGUAUACGCCAUAGUCUCUGACUUGUCGCAGUUCUUCUACUAUUGCUACACAGGGAAUGAAUUCAUAUCACUGGGGAGGUUUGAUCAGGCCGAAAAGGUCGGCUUUGACGUCGAAACCGCUAACGCUGGAACGACCUCUUCCAUGUUGUCGUCUUUCGCACCCGAUUUCUUCUCUAUAUUGCUAGAGGGAUUCUAUCGCUAUUCAGAAGCCAUGGCAGAGCACUUACGCCCUUUGGGAGGCCCUGCACUUAUCCGCUACAAAGCAGCCGCCCGAGUAACCUCGUCUUAUCAAGAGCUUCGGGAGGACAGUGUCAGGAAGCAAAAAGAAGGGCGUAACAGAAUCUCAAAAGGCGGUUGGAAUCGCUCACACUAUCCUCUGCUCCGUUGGAUUGACGUGGAUUCCCGAGGGUGGUUUGGCGAACGGUGGCGGGAAGCUGAACUUGGCUUCAAUUAAGGCGGCACCCGGCGUUACUAUGCGAUAUGAAGUCGAUGCUACUAACGCUACGAUCUGCCUCCGCGUCUCGAAGUCGAGGACCAAAACUGGCGAAUAUGUUUUCUUGAUGAGACGCG